ACCUCAGGCCGCGGCCCCGCCCUCCCGGCGCGGCCCGCCCAGUCCAAGGGCAGCGGGCUGGGCGCUGCGGUCCCGCGGAAGGGGGAGGCUAGGGUAAACUCCGCGUGGGGGCUUGUCUGCGACGUGGCGGAGUUCGGGAGCCUGAGGCCGGGUCAGAGCUGAUCAAGAAGCAUUCGGAAGCCAAACCAUGGAUCCACCUGCCCGGAAAGAAAAAUCCAAAGUUAAAGAACCUGCCUUCAGAGUGGAGAAGGCUAAACAGAAAUCUGCCCAGCAGGAGCUGAAGCAAAGACAAAGAGCAGAGAUCUAUGCUCUCAACAGAGUCAUGACGGAGCUGGAGCAGCAGCAGUUUGAUGAGUUCUGUAAGCAGAUGCAGCCCCCCGGGGAGUGAGCCAGCCUGCAUCCCAGUCAGAGGGACUGCCUUUGUCUGUGAGCUCAUUCCCACUGUUCGCCGGGCUGGCCCACUGGAGCCUUACAGAACUGAUCAGGACUUGUGGAGACCUCUGCACUGACUUUCCUAUGGGUAACUUCCACCUCACUGGUUUCUACUCUCAAAAUGGCCCAGUGCUUGCUGGGUAGACUUUUCAUCUAGGACAGUGGAUUUUUUCAAAAAGAUCUCUUUUUUCUAUUGUUUGAGAAAAAUCAUUGUUUCUUGUGAAACUGUGUUUCUUCCCUAAAAAUAAUAAAAUACAAAAAUGUUUGUCCUUGC